CUCGACGAGAGCGACCUGCUCUUCGAGGAGGACAUCCUGCGCAACGCCUACUCGCUCAAGUAUUGGUGGCGGUACAUGGAGGCCAAGAAGCGCUCGCCGGCGCGGCAGCGCAACCUCAUCGCCGAGCGGGCACUCAAGUACCUGCCGGGCUGCUACAAGAUCUGGCACGCGUACCUGGCGGACCGGCGGGCGCAGUGCAAGGCCAAGGAGCCCGGACACCCCGCGCACGCGCGCCUCAACGCCGUGUACGAGCGGGCGCUCGUCUACAUGCACAAGAUGCCGCGCAUCUGGCUCGACUACCUCGAGAUCCUGGCCGCGCAGCACGCGCACACGACGACGCGGCGCGCCUUCGACCGCGCGCUGCGCGCGCUGCCGGUCACGCAGCACGAGCGCAUCUGGAAGCUCUACCUGCCGUACGCAAAGGCGAGCCCCGUGCCGGAGGCCGCCGUCCGCAUCUACAAGAGGCGCGCGGGGAGCCGCCGAGAGAGAGAGAGAGAGAGCGAGAGAGUUCCGGCGCGCGCGCACCGGCUAGAGAGCCGAGAGAGAGCCGCGAGAGUGUGUCGGAGGCAGCAGGCUCAAGCUGGCAGAGGCAGUCGAGCCACGAGGCGACUCGUCGCAGCUGCCUCCUCCUCCCCCCGGCCUCACUCCUUGCCUCUCCCCUCGCAGGUCCUCAACCGGGAGGGGUUCGUCUCGCUGCGAGGAAAGUCGCGCCACAAGCUGGUGCAACCCCCCCCCACCCCCCUCCCCCAGGUGCGCGACUUUUCGAUGGUCUUCGACGCCUACUCCCAGUUCGAAGAGUCCCUCAUCACCGCCCUCAUCGAGCGGCAAGCGCAGCAGCAAGCCGCAGCAGACCUCGCCGCCGCCGAGUCGGGCGGCGCCUCGGCCGAGGCCUCGAAGGCGGCGGCGGCGACGACGCUCGAGCUCGACAUGCGGCUCGAGCGGCUCGAGCGGCUGAUGGAGCGGCGGCCCGAGCUGCUCUCGUCGGUGCUGCUGCGGCAGAACCCGCACUCCGUGCACGAGUGGCUCAAGCGCGCCUCCCUCUUCGAGGCCUCGCCCGCAAAGGCGAUCCAGACCUACGCCGCCGCAGUCGACCCGCGCCGCGCCGUCGGUCGGCCCUCCUCCCUCUGGCUCGGGUUCGCAAAGUUCUACGAGUCGCACGGCGACAUCAAGAAUGCGCGCGCCAUCCUCCGCAAGGCGAGGCCCAGCCGAGACCCAGCCGAGACCCAGCCGAGACCCAGCCGAAGCGUCGACGAGCUCGCCUCGAUCUGGAUGGGGUGGAGCGAGAUGGAGCUGCGCCACAAAAAGUACCCGGAAGCGCUCGCCGUGCUCGCCGAGGCGACGGCGGUGCCGCCCGCGUCGCGCCGCGCAAAGGAGAAGGAGGGGCCGGUGCAGGACCGGCUGUAUAAGUUCACCAAGCUCUGGGCCUUCUACGCCGACCUGCAAGAGUCACUCGCCGGGUUCGAGCCGACGCGCGUGACGUACGACAAGAUGAUCGAGCUGCGGAUCGUGACGCCGCAGCUGGUCCUCAACUACGCCGCCUUCCUCGAGGAGCACAAGCACUUCGAGCUCGCCUUCCAGGCGCACAGGCCGAAGGGCGUCGCCCUCUUCAAGUACCCGCACGCGCUCCCCCUCUGGCUGAGCUACCUCACUAAGUUCACCGCGCGCUUCGGCGGCGCAAAGCUCGAGCGCGGCCGCGACCUCUUCGAGCAGGCGAGAUUCGGCCGAGAUGCGGCCGAGAGGGAGCCAGAGACAUCGCCGAGAUACAGUCGAGAUGCGGCGCACGGCCUCGCGCGCAACGCGAUGGCCGUCUACGACCGCGCCGCCGGCGCCGUCGCGCUCGAGAAGCGAGCGAGCGUCUACCAGCUCUACAUCGCAAAGGCGGCGGAAUACUUUGGCGUCACUAAGACGCGCGACAUCUACGAGGCCGCCGCCGCCGCGCGAGCUGCCAUCGGCGCGCUGCCCAGCAGCGAGGCUCCCUCCUUCUGCCUUCGCUACGCCAACCUCGAGCGCAAGCUCGGCGAGAUCGACCGCGCGCGCGCCAUCUACAUGCACGGCGCGCAGGAGGUGGACCCGGCCGUGGCGGCGGGCUCCGCGGACGGCGACGUGCGGCCCUCCGCGCAGGCGUGGCACGAUUUCGAGGUGUCGCACGGCAACGAGGACACCUUCCGCGAGAUGCUGCGCCUCAAGCGGACGGUGCGCGCCUCCUUC